AUGGCGGCAACUGAGGGAACAGAAGAGGAAAGCUCUAGUGAGAAAAUGGGAGAUAUUGCAGACGGGCAUGGGUUAAAUUUAGCAGCGUUCAUCAAGAACAAUGGACUAAGUCGCGGAUGUCAUUGUGGAGGCCAGAUGUACGGCGCAGACGAGGAAUUGCCAAUGAAACUGACGCGAGCGACAAGACUGAAUGGAACGGCGAGGUUAGGCUUAGGGCAGCAGCAUAAAUCCACCCAUCCAGUGCUGCGUUCGCGUACCUCUAACAACUCGAACGUUUCGGUGCGACGGAAACGAAGGCACUCGUCUUGCCGUGACUGUGACCACGACGAGAGCUUAGACAGCGUUGGCAACUCUUACGGUAGUAGCAGCAGUGGCACUGAUCUCUCCAACAGCAGCGAUGACGUAAGCAUCAUGCCCGACGACUACGCCGACGUUGACGCCCACGCCCCCUACAAACAGUCGCGCAGCCCCGUGUGCGCCGACGCGGGCGCCCCCUACAAACAGUCGCGUGGCGCUGUGGCCGCGGACUCCCGUGGCGCCUACAUCUUGGGGCAAACCCGCGUGCUCCCUCUGGCGCUGGCAGGCAUGGCGGCAACGACGGGGCAGGGGCACGAGGCGCCCGGCGGCAACUGCAUGGGCGCCACCUGCUGCCGCGACAGCAAACCGCUCGAAUCAAAAUCGGAGAAGCCAAAGAAUGGCUUCGCAGAGCCGGGCGGCGUGCUGCGUGGCUUCCUUAAGCCAAAGAGCCACGCGGCGCGGCCGCCGCGCAACGGCGUCGUCACCAAAGACCAGCAGGGGGUGCUGCUCGCCCUCGGCAAGGACAUCGGCCGCAGCUGCCAGGUGGCGCUGCCGCGGUGCGAGCGCGCGGCCGACCGCGCGUCGUCGCCCGAGGAGGCAUCGUCGCCGGUGCCGGACGAGAAGCGGCCGCGCGGCCGGCCUCCCGACUCGCCCGUCGGCUCGGUGGAGACCUCUGGCGGUCGCACGGACGACGUAGGGGGCAGCACGGGGCAGCCGUCGCCGUCACCGAGCGACGAGAUCGCGGUGACGACGACGCUCGAGAGCAUUGACAAGGUCGUCUCCUGGACGGUGUGCAACGAACUCGGCGCGGCCGCCGCGUCGGUGGCGCCCCCCGGCAGCGUGGUGUGCGGCUGGGAGGGUUGCGCGAUGGCGGCGAUGGAGUGCGACGCGCAGCUGAUGGAGCACGUGCACCGCGCGCACGUCGAGCCGCAGCGCGGCAGCGACACGUUCGCCUGCCGCUGGCUCGGCUGCAAGGUGUACGCGCAGCCGUCGUGCUCGCGCUCCUGGCUCGGCCUGCACGUGCGCUCGCACCUCGGCAGCCGACCGUUCAAGUGCAUCGUCGCGGGAUGCGGCCAGCGCUUCACGUCAGAGGUAGCGCUCGAGCGGCACGUGAAUCGGCACUUCGUGCCGGCGCCGGCCGCGAGUCCGCGCACUCUGCGCUCGCGAGACGACACGCCGAGCAAGCUGCUGCGCCGGAAGAAGACGCAGAAGCUGCGGCGACGCAACCGCCAACUGAAAACGGAGGACUACUUCGACUCAUGCAUCAUGGAGCGAUUGCAGAGCCAUCUGGUGGACACCAACGUCACUCACGGCUACGUGGGACAUCAGCUUGGCCGUUCCCUCACAUUCCACGGCAUUGUGAUAUGUCGACGUAGGGAGGCGUCAGGCAAGGUGUUCGCCCUACAGCGCUGGUCUCCCCCUCACAUUCUCCCCGACAGCUGGGUGCCAGAAUCUCAGAUCGCCACGACGAAGACCGUGCCGCUGUGCAAGCUACCUCCCGGCCCGCUCGGCUCCAUGCUGCCGCCGGAGCAGCGCGGCGCC